CCGGAUGUGAUGGUACAAAAUAGGACAAAUAAUUAUUUAGAGAGUUACCAUGCCGUACUCUUAAAAAUCAUAAGGCCUCAUCCAAAAAUAUGGGAAUUUAUUGACCAGUUGAGGUAUUUAGAAAAUACUUGCGAAGUGGAAUUUAAACAAGCCUCAAAUAAUUUGAAGAUUCGGUUGGAACGAUCUAUGCAUACGAGAGACCGAAAUACCAGGACAAUUAGAGAUUUCAUUGAUGAUUUGAUUGAAGACCAUUCGGAAGACCGUAUAAUAACGUUUCUACGUAGAGCAGGCCAUAGGAUAGAUGGAUAUAUAACCCAGCAAAUUGGUCCUUAUCCAGGUAAUUCACAAUUUAUUUUAAUCGCAGAGAUUCAUCAAUUUUUGAAUAUUUAUAUUUCAUGUAUUUUAGGAGAGCCAGACCUUCUUCUGCAAAAUAUAUAAUAAUUUAAUUGUUUUUUCAUAUUUGUAUAUAUAAUUGUGUUUAUUUAUAAUUUUUAAUACUAUUUAAGAUUUAACUACCUCAUUAUUUGACACAAAACUGACACAAGGUAAUAAUGAAUUAAUAUUUUUUUUUACUUAUUUGUGAUAUAAUUAUAGAUGACUCUUUUAACUUGAUAAGUUAAAAGUUAAAAAAAAAAUUAAACACACAUCAUUGUAAAACCAAUGCAUUCAUUGGUCUGCUCAGAAUCUAUAAGUACAAACAAUAUGAACUUAACUCAGUAUAAAAAAAGUUAAUUUACCUUUUUUAAUUAGUAUGUUGAUCACAUAAAAAGUCACUGUAUUCAUUCUAGUUUCCAUAAUAUACAAAAUUAUUUUAAUAAGAACGAAAAAUUUCAAAGUUUCUAAGUUGAUGGAUUAUUUGUAAAUCAUCCAUGAAAAACUAAGUUGUUUUGACUGUCAAUUAAACUAGUUUAGUUAAAAUUAAUUUUAAAAAUAUAUUUUAUUUGAUUUAUAUGCCCAGUUGAGCUCAAAUUCAAUGUUACUUAACAGUAAACUUUAAUAUUAACAGUGAUGUACUCAAGGUAUACUAAUUGAAACUUAUUGUUGAGCAAAAACACUUCUCAAUGUAUUAAGUAUUAUUAUUUGUUUGUUAUAUUAGUAUUUAUAUGAAUUAUAGUAUUUAUUAUUAAAACUAUGAAUAAAUUGUAUUUAUGAA